AUGAUCCGUCUAAGUGUACUGUUUGUAGUGGCAUGUGCUGUUCAAGGUUUUGCUGGCACUGUCCCUUCGGAAUAUCUUGAAGGGAACGAGCGAGUUGUGGGAGGUUGGAGCGCAUCUUCGGGACAAUUUCCUUAUCAGGUGUCUCUUCGUACAGCUGCGAAUAGGCAUUUCUGCGGUGGUACUAUAAUCAACAAUCGCUAUGCCCUUACAGCUGCUCACUGCACUGUAUCACAAAUGCCGGUCAACACACGAGUAGUGGUCGGAAGUCAUCUGUUGAGCAGUGGCGGUGUCUCGCACAAUGUGAUCCGUAUUGUCAUUCAUGAGUUCUACAACGCAAAUACCUUAGCUAACGAUAUCUCGUUGGUGCAAACGACGUCGACCAUCACUAUGAACAAUCUAGUGCAGACCGUUGGAUUAGGGUUGAACUUCAUCAAUACGGGCAGCGGUGCAUUGGUCUCGGGUUGGGGACAACUCGCGAGCAAUGCCGGAGUUCCGGACAAUUUGCAAUGGAUGGUUACCGACAUUAUUACGUUGGACGAUUGCCGCGCACGCCAUUGGGCCAACGCGGCCCGUAUCUUAGACAGUACCAUUUGUACGCUCAGUCCAUAUGGCCAAGGUAUGUGCAUGGGCGAUUCCGGCGGUCCUUUGAUACAUGGCGGUUUACUACAUGGCAUCGUAGCUUGGGGAAUUCCGUGCGGCCUGGGUUCUCCCGAUGUUCACACGCGAGUUUCAUCAUACUGGUCAUGGAUAUAUACCAACGCCGUAUAG